AUGCCAGCCCUCCCCGAUCAAAUGGCCGAAAAGUCCCAACUCCUACCCUUCCGACAAGUCGUCAUUAUCGGUGCUGGCUUCGGUGGCCUCGCAAUGGCCUGCGAGCUGAAGCGCAAGUUGAAUUUCCAUGACUUCAUCAUCUACGAGCGAAAUUCCGGGCUCGGAGGGACGUGGUAUGAUAACAAUUGUAAACCGCCUGCCUAA